CGGACUCAUUGGGCAAAGCUGGGCUAUGUUGUUUGCCAGUGGAGGCUUCAAGGUGAAGCUCUAUGAUAUUGAGCCACAGCAGGUAACAAAUGCCUUGGAAAAGAUCAGGGACAAUCCCUGGGAAGUCCAUAGAACAGCAGCUCAUCGAAGAAACAAGAGCCUCUUUUGUCGUCCCAUCUGUUUGUUCUAAUCCGACUCACUACAUUGGGAAGAAAGGCUAAAAGUUUGCUUUGGCUUACUGCAGCUUAAAGCAGGUGCUUUGAGCACAUUAGAAAAGAGAUGAAGUUUCUGGAGCAGUCAGGUUCUCUGAAAGGCUCCCUGAGUGCUGAAGAGCAGGGGUCACUCAUCAGUGGUUGUUUGACUAUUCAAGCAGCGGCAGAGGGCGCCAUGCACAUUCAGGAAUGUGUUCCAGAAAACCUGGAGCUGAAGAAGAAGAUUUUUGCUCAGUUAGAUCAAAUCAUCGAUGAUAAGGUUGUCUUGAGCAGCUCCACGUCUUGCCUCCUGCCUUCCAGCUUGUUUGCUGGCCUGGUGCACACGAAGCAGUGCAUUGUGGCCCAUCCCGUAAAUCCACCAUAUCAUGUGCCAUUGGUUGAGCUGGUCCCACACCCGGAGACGGCCCCUGCGACAGUGGACAGAACCUAUGCCCUGAUGCAGAAGAUUGGGCAGUCCCCAGUCAGAGUCAUGAAGGAGAUUGAUGGCUUUGCCCUGAAUCGCCUCCAGUACGCCGUCAUCAGUGAGGCCUGGCGGCUUGUGGAGGAAGGAAUAGUUUCUCCGAGUGACCUUGACCUUGUCAUGUCAGAUGGCCUGGGCAUGCGGUAUGCGUUCAUCGGACCCCUAGAAACUAUGCAUCUCAAUGCAGAAGGUAUGUUAAGCUACUGUGACAAAUACAGUGAAGGCAUGCAACGUGUCCUAAAGACUUUUGGACCCAUUCCAGACUUUUCCGGGGCCACAGUUGAAAAAGUUAAUCAGGCCAUGUGUGUGAAAGUUCCCGAUGAUCCAGAGCACUUAGCUGCCAGAAGGCAGUGGAGGGACGAGUGUCUUCUGAGACUUGCCAAGUUGAAAAGGCAGAUGCAGUCCCAGUAGCUACUGUCCUUCUUCAGUGGGAGUCCUUUUUGGCGGAAUUACAAGCACUUAAUCCAGCCUCUCUGAAAGAGUGGGAAGCCAGGUUGCCUUCCCAAAGAUUCGGAAUGAGACCUCCUCCCUCUGGCAGGCCACAGCCGUGGGGCUGUGGGGUCUUCUGAUCAUGCCCUGGCCUUGGGUGUCACAGCUGCCCUGGGUUCCCAGGGCUGUCGACUCCCUGCCACCUGGGCAAACAAGAGAGCAAAUCGUCUGAAGAUUUUUCCUUCUAUUUUCAGUGUGAUUCUGUGUGGCUACGUUUUGUAGCCAAUGAUUGUGGUUUCAUGUUUGUUUUAAUCUGUAGCAAAGUAGUUUUGUGAUUAUUUUCCAAUCCGCUUCUGAGUACACUGUGGCCCUGCAUUGAUGAGGCACCUACCUUCAUUUUGUUAAUGCCUCUUCGGAAUAAAAAU